AUGCCUAACGGGAGCAUGCCAGCUGAUCCGGUUCUCACUCCUGGAGCUCUUCUUCUCGGUGAUGCAUUCAACAUGAGACAUCCUUUAACCGGUGGUGGCAUGACCGUGGCAAUGUCAGAUAUAGUCGUACUCCGUGAUCUUCUAAGGCCGAUUCGCAACCUUAAUGACAAAGAAGCAUUGUCUAAAUAUUUGGAAGCCUUUUACACACUUCGGAAACCUGUAGCAUCCACCAUUAAUACAUUGGCGGAUGUGUUGUACAAAGUCUUUUUAGCAUCUUCAGAUGAAGCGAAAGCUGAAAUGCGUGAAGCAUGCUUCGACUAUCUUAGUCUUGGAGGUGUUUGGUCAUCUGGUGCGAUUGCAUUGCUCUCUGGUUUAAACCCUAGUCCUCUGAGUUUGUUUCUCCACUUCGUUUCUGUUGCGAUCUACGCUGUUGGUCGUUUAAUGCUACCAUUUCCUUCGAUUAAAAGCUUUUUGCUUGGAGCUAGGAUCAUCUCGAGGGCUUCAGGCAACAUCUUCCCAAUCAUUAAAGCAGAAGGAGUUAGGCAAAUGUUCUUCCCUCGUACAGUUGCUGCCAUAUACCGCGCUCCUCCUGCUCAAUGA